UUGUUAUCUAUCUGUCAAUUGUGAACUAUUAAAAAUAUUUUCUUCUGUAGCUUUUUUGGUCUCGAGUUUGGAAUUUUUAGAACGAAAUGUCCACCCGCUGGUAUCCAAUUUAUCAACGAGGAAACCCUCAACUACGUGUGUUUCUUCCAAAUUUCUGGAUGAAAUUAAUUCGACCCAAAGAAGAACAACCAGAAAAUGUUGUCACCUUCUCAGUGUCCAUGCAAAUGACUCGUUACGACAUAGCAAAUUAUUUAGAGAAAAUCUACCAAGUACCGGUGAAGCAUGUUCGCACGAGAAUCGCUCUAGGUUCGACGAAGCGGGAUCAGGUCUAUGGUUAUGUGACGAAAGAUGAAGAUGCUAAAAUUGCUUAUGUAACUCUGCCAAAAGAAACCAAGUUUACGUUCCCUGAAGUGACGGUAGGCAAAGAUGGUGAUCAAAGCGAGAAAGAUGAAAAAGCAAUGGAUGAAUCAAAGAAAGGAUUCAAGAGCUUUUUGGAUAGAAACAAGAAACGUCCCGGUACACCAGGAUGGUACUCGAUCUAAGUCCAGUUUGCAUUGCCGAGCAGAGCCCUGGGAAGGCUCCGCUCGUUUUUCACUUUGUUUUAUAAAGUGUUUUUGUUUUGUAAUCAUGUUAAUAGUAAAAUAAAUAUUUGAAAAACAAAUAAA